AUGGCUCCCGACGAGAAGAUGGCUACCAAAAAGAACUCGGACACCGGCCAGAAGGUCGACACCCCGAUGUACGCCAUCCGGGACGUUCCCGGCAAGGGAAAGGGCCUCAUCGCAACCAAGGCCAUCCCAAGAGGCACUCGAAUCCUGGCCGAACCUCCCCUCUUCAGAAGCGCCAUGACUGACGACCAAGCUGUCAAAGCCGAACUCCUCAACAAGGUCAACAGCCUUCACCCAGCUCACAAGACCACUUUUUUUGCCUUGACCAGUCUUCAAAAGUACGAGCCCGACCACCCAGCCUGGGGCAUCUUUUGUAGCAACGCCUUGAAGGAAGUCAAGGGCAUGUACGGUCUCUACCCAACGGCUGCCCGUAUCAACCACUCCUGCGUCCCCAACGCCCACUACGCCCGGAACACCACCUUGGGAAAGCUCACCCUCCACGCCGUCAAGGACAUAGCAGAGGGCGACGAGAUCACCAUCUUCUACCUCGACAUUUACAACACCAGGGCCGAGCGACAGAAGAAGCUCUGCGGCUUCACCUGCACCUGCAGCCUGUGCUCUCUGGAAGGGGAGCGCCUGAAGGAGAGUGACCAGAGACUACAGUUGUCGUUUGAUCUUUACGAGCUCCUGGGGGACGAGCUCGAAGCCUCCAACGGGUCUGUGUGCCGAAGACCCCGUGCCGUUCGGGCUUGUAUGGACCUGCUCGCCAAAGAGGGCGUGCUUCACCCCUACUCCCUCAAGCUCUACGCCAUCGCCUUCCACCAUGUGCUGUUCACUCGCUUUCGUGCGAGAUCAAAGAUCCUACUUGAGCGAGCCAUUGAGCUUAGCAUCUUGUUUCUGGGCGAGGACUCCCCGGUAGUCAAAGAUGACCGGGCCAUAAUCAGAGCCCUGGAUACGAACCCAGUCAUGCAGUACAAGAUGGAUCUCUCCCCUGCUCCUGAGGGACUCACUCCUGAAGCCUUGGAUGACUGGCUCUGGAGAGACUGGAAGGCUUGCUCCAACGGCUUCACUGACCUCGCCAACUGCCGUGUCUUUCCUCGCUUCGGAGAUCUUCCCAUCUUUCCAGAGAGCAGUCCAGAUUACUUUGCUCUCUCCGGUGACGGCCAAACUUACCAGCCUCGCAAGGCUUGGGGUCUUCUCGCGGGGAUUACUGAGACGUGGUUCGAGACCGAGAACGAGCGUGUCCAUUUCAUGGUCAACGACUGCUAUCGCAGACACUACGCAGUCGUAUUCCAGCAGGGAGGUCAGAACUCGAAAGCCCUCAGCCCCAAGCCUCAGGUCGGUUGGACUAUUGCGAUCUUGCAUGCCAAGAGGACGUGUCUCUCCCUCCGAGAUGUAAUCGUGGAGACUCAUUACCAUGUGGUUUAUGUUAAAGAAGGGGAGAAGGACCUUGUCAAGAUAUUCCCGGCAGGGUUGGACAACAUCAUGGAGCUGAGUGCGCGCAUACAGCGGUUCUCGAUCCAGCACGAUGGCGGUUUGCGAACAUGCCAUGCCUGUCAGCGUCAAGGAACCUCGCUCAAGGCGUGCGCCAAAUGCAACAUGUUCUGGUACUGCGACAAGGAUUGUCAGGUCAAAGGCUGGCGCGAGAAAGGCCACAAGAACGACUGCAAGCUGCUCAAGGAUCCUGACUUGAAGGCCAUGUUCCACCUUGACUGGGACAACAUGGGCGAGAGAAAGCUGAGUUUCCCUCUGUGA